UCACCUUGACGAUAUUAAUAGAAAAUGUGGCAUAGAGGCUGGAAGUAAGUAUGGAGUGCCGCGUCGUAUCUAUAAUGCUUUCCAUGCGGAGGUUAUAAAGUGGGGUGGCGUUGCUUUUUGCCAGAACCUGAAAAGCCGUGCGAGACGUUGCCGCGUACGAUUUUUGCUCUGUGCUAUAUAGUGUUCUGUGGUGGACUACUGCAUUCUUUGAUGUUCGCGCUUUCUACAAAUAAGUUCAAGAUAUGAAAUUGUCCAACGAUAUGGCGGAUACGGUGCUGAUAAAACAGAAACCGGAAGACCGCAUCGACUACGAGUCGGUCCAGGGAAAGUUCGGUUGGACCUCGAUCGACAACUUCAACGUCCCUUACGUGAUCAGGGCGGGGGAAAAGUUCACGGCCAUCAGGAUAGCCGAGAUGAAGCUGCUGCAGCAGUUCAAGGACUUCUGCAAUAGCGAGGUGUACGGGUGCUUCACGAUCAAGCAGCACAAGAUGACGGCGGCCGAGAUCCGGCUCUUCAACGAGAUCAACAUGUUUCACAGCAACGCGUUCUACGGGAACUACCCGUUCACGGAGAUAGACAACCUGCUGAAGCUGGAGGACGUCGAGAACUUGUACGAUCUGUACAGCUUCAUCAAGUCGGCGUACAACGACCAGGUGUCCGUUUCCGACACGUCGCCCUGCGGUUUCGUCAAGAUGGACGACCAACCGCCAGUGCCGUACGUCGUGGUGAAGGGUCUAAAGUACCUACCGAUGUUCUACUUUGAAGGGGCCCAGGAGUAUCUCGAAGGCAACGCGAUAGAAAUCACGGACUGGCACUUGAGUUACCUGAAGUUCUGCUGCAAGAUCCAAGGGAUCAGGCAGGAGUUCUACUCGUCGGAAAAGUGCCAGGUGGUGGAGUUCGAGGAACUGAAGAAGUUCCUGCCGCCGGAGACGGACUUCAAGUUCGCGUGGCCCAACAACGGCGUCAAGAGUUUCUUCAAGAAGGUCGCGGGCGAGAAGGCCAAGCAGAGAACAGUGCAUUCGGCCAUAAAUAACACAGUGAAUUCGGCCAUAAACAAUACCGUGAACUCGGCCAUUAGCAAUACAGUGAAUUCGGCCAUAAACAAUAACGACGCGCAAUCGCAGACUUUGCUGAAUCAGUACAUGAGUGCGGGGACGAAUAGGACGCAGCAGAUGGCCGCCAGCAACUACCUUCAAAUGUACAACAACUAUCUGAACCAGCAGUUCUACAGUUAUCCGCAAGGGGUCGGGCAAAACGUCCAAAAUAGGUAAUUCAUCGUUGACCAGUCAUUGUGAUUUUAUUGCUAAGUUACCAAAGAGAUUUGAGACGUUUAUUCUUUGGCUUUGUUCCAACUAAGAGUAUCUGUUUGAAAGCUGUUUUUAUCAAUUAUAGGUAUGAUACAGGAUGUAGAUAUGUAAAAAGACGCCGUGUAUAGUUAUUUCUAAAUAAAUCGGAAAUUGUUGAUUGAUCUUUAUAAGAUUGUUUUCUCUGUAGACUGAUUUAAAGAGUUUUUUUUAAUUUAAUGUUAUUUAUGACAGUUUAGGAACUAUCUGUUAUACAGGUACUUGUUAACUUGAAGCCGGAAAGUAUUUUUAUAUGUUUCUUUAAUA